GGCAGACAGCAGCGCUCGUUGGAGGUGGCGGGGGUUGGGGGGUGGCGGGGGAGCGUAAGGAAGCGGAGCGCGGCGUCCCGCGUGGUGCGUCCCGGCCUUCCCGCCCAGCGCCGUGCUGUCGGAUGAGUCGUCCGCCGCCGCCAUGGAGCCCGGCCCGGCCCUGAGCGCCCGCGGCCGCCCGCCCCGCCGGACAGCCCUAUAGCAGCAGCAGCAGCAGCCCCGCAUCCCGCCCGCCGCGCAGCCUAUUUAAUUCCCCGCCGUAAUUUAUUGUAGCUCUCCCUUAGCUCCUCCUCUGCUCACACCCUCUCAUAACCCCGGAGCGCUGGCCAUGGAGCUGCUCUCCCCCGGGCCCACCGCCGGGCUCACGGCGCUGCUGGCCGGCACAGCACAGAGCGUGCCCGCCGCCCCGCUCACCUCCUUCCUCUGGAUGCUGGUGCUGGGCUUCGUCAUCGCCUUCAUCCUGGCCUUCUCGGUGGGCGCCAACGAUGUGGCCAACUCCUUCGGCACGGCGGUGGGCUCGGGCGUGGUGACGCUGCGGCAGGCCUGCAUCCUGGCCAGCAUCUUCGAGACGGUGGGCUCCAUGCUGCUCGGGGCCAAGGUCAGCGAGACCAUCCGCAAAGGGCUGAUCGACGUGGAGAUGUACAACGCCACGCAGAAGCUGCUGAUGGCGGGCUCCAUCAGCGCCAUGUUUGGGUCGGCCGUGUGGCAGCUUGUGGCUUCGUUCUUGAAGCUUCCCAUCUCGGGUACCCACUGCAUCGUUGGAGCAACCAUUGGUUUUUCGUUGGUGGCCCAAGGGCAAAAAGGCGUCAAAUGGUCCGAGCUGCUAAAAAUCGUGUUGUCCUGGUUCAUCUCACCCCUCCUUUCUGGCAUCAUGUCUGCUGUCCUCUUCUUCCUUGUCCGUAGGUUCAUUCUCCGCAAGGCGGACCCCGUCCCCAACGGCCUGCGUGCUCUGCCCGUCUUCUACGCCUGCACCGUGGGGAUCAACCUCUUCUCCAUCAUGUAUACUGGCGCACCCUUGCUGGGCUUUGACAAACUGCCUCUCUGGGGUAUCCUCCUCAUUUCGGCGGGGAGUGCUGUUGUCUGCGCUCUCGUCGUCUGGUUCUUUGUAUGCCCAAGAAUGAAGAAGAAAAUCGAACGAGAGAUAAAAUCGAGUCCCUCUGAAAGUCCCCUGAUGGAGAAGAAUAGCAGCCUGAAGGAGGAGCGCGAGGAGCCCAAGGUGCCCCUGGGCGAUGCUCCCACGGGCGAUGCCAAGAGCCCCACUGCCGAGGCGGGGUCUGCUGCGCCGCAGCGGGCGGUCGUGGAGGAGAGGACAGUGUCCUUCAACCUGGGGGACGCGGAGGAGGCCCCAGAGCAGCUCCCAAGCAUCGACCUGAAAGAAACCAAUGUGGAUGGUGCAGGAGCUGUUCAGUUGCCCAAUGGAAACUUUGUGCAGUUUCACCAGCCCAUGGGCCACCACCUGAGCUCCAGCGGACAGUACCACACCGUGCACAAGGACUCGGGGCUGUAUAAGGAGCUGCUGCAUAAACUGCACCUGGCCAAAAUGGGGGACUGCAUGGGGGACUCAGGGGACAAGCCCCUGCGCCGCAACAACAGUUACACGUCCUACACCAUGGCCAUCUGUGGCAUGCCCCUGGACUCCCUCCGGGCCAGGGAGGGUGAGGAGAUGGAGAAGCUGACGUGGCCCGUGGCAGACACCAAGAAGCGGGUCCGCAUGGACAGCUACACCAGCUACUGCAAUGCGGUGGCUGACGUGCACCCCACUGCCGAUGUGGAUCUGAAUGCUGCCCAAGUGGAGAUGGGCCUAGGGGACAGGAAGGGCAGCAGCAGCUCCCUGGAAGAGUGGCAUGACCAGGACAAGCCCGAGGUGUCCCUCCUCUUCCAGUUCCUGCAGAUCCUUACGGCCUGCUUUGGCUCUUUUGCUCAUGGUGGCAACGAUGUCAGCAAUGCCAUCGGCCCCCUGGUCGCGCUUUACCUGGUCUAUCAGACGGGUGACGUGGCCACCAAGGUGGCAACCCCCAUCUGGCUGCUGCUCUACGGGGGUGUGGGGAUCUGCAUCGGGCUGUGGGUGUGGGGCCGCAGGGUCAUCCAGACCAUGGGCAAGGACCUGACUCCCAUCACGCCGUCCAGUGGCUUCAGCAUCGAGCUGGCAUCUGCCCUGACUGUGGUGAUCGCCUCCAACGUGGGCCUCCCCAUCAGCACCACACACUGCAAGGUGGGCUCGGUGGUGUCGGUGGGCUGGCUGCGCUCCAGGAAGGCGGUGGACUGGCGCCUGUUCCGCAACAUCUUCAUGGCCUGGUUCGUCACCGUGCCCAUCUCAGGCCUCAUCAGCGCUGCCAUCAUGGCCCUCUUCAAGUUCGCUGUGCUGGGGCCGUGAGGCUGUGCCGCCACGCUGUGCCUGCUUGCUGCUGCCCCGGGGGGGGGACACAGCACCCACCCCCUGGCCAUGGAGCUCCCUCCAUUCCUCUGCGUGUCGUCACCGAUGUCUCUUUAUGGUUUAUUUUUUUAACGUUCCGUGUCUCUAGAAGUGGGCUGAGCAGUGCCGGGCUGUCCUGCUGCUCCCAGCCUUAGCCUAGCAGUGACGAGGGCCACUUUACUUUUUUAUCCCCCUCCCCCCGUUUGACCCGGACUCCUGCAGUGACCCCCUGGGGGGCCGCGGGCUGUGCUGCGCUCGGCUUUGCCCCCCUGCACUGCUGCUACCUCGGACUCAAUAAAGGUUUCCUUCGUACGCCA